CAGCCGCCGCAAGGGCUUCUUGUCGACCCGACCGGCGUUUGAUCUACCCGCUUUGUGCCCGAGUGUUGCAUGAGAAUUUUUAUGUCGUUAUAACGUUUCACCAAAACGUAUAAUUAGAAAUGCCUUUUGACAGUGACGACGCCGGCGCGGGAGUCGACCGGGAAAUGCAGGCAUUCCUCGCUGUGGAGCAGCAGAAAGCCCAGUUUCAAGCCCAGGUGCACCGGCUAAACGAGAUCUGCUGGGACAAGUGUGUGGACAAACCGAGCACCAAGUUGGACGGCCGGACGGAGACAUGCCUGUCGAACUGCGUAGAGCGCUUCAUUGACACCUCCCUGUCCAUCACCAACCGCUUUGCGCAACUGCUUCAGAGGUCCUCCACGGGGCACAUGUAGGCACGCCGGUGAUUCAAAUGGACCGAGUCAGCACUCUCCCGAGUUGACCUCACCAUGCACGCGGAGUAGCUCCAUCCCCGUGCGACUCGCAGUAGACUCACCUUAGGUUGUUGGGACGUAUGCAAUUGGAAUGUCGGGUGACGGCACAAACCGUAGUUUGCAAAGUCGGCCUUACAAAAUAUCCGGUUCCGCUCGGAAGUGCAGAGGGGCUCGAUGCCAGUUUCUCUUCAAAAAGAAAUCUGGGCAGAACCUACAGACGUCUUCUUGGAAGCGAGAAGCAGACGUCCGCAAAGAAUCCUGUAGUGGUCUUACGGGCCGCCGCGCAAAUCAGAAAAGGUGGGCGCAGUGCUCCCGGUUGCCGAUGCAUUGUUGAAAUACAGAUUGAUGUCUAUUUUU